AUGCCGGCGAAAUUGUCUCUUGCCGACACGCGCUUCAUUUGCAUCCAAUGCCGGAAAAGCCUGACCUCAAGCAGACGGAGACGAUUCGCAUCCACUAAAGCAUCAUCAACCCCCGAGAUCUUCGACAUCGUGACAGUCGGUGGCGGACCAGCUGGCCUGGCCCUCCUAGCAGCGUUAAAGUCGUCGCCCAUAACAUCACAUCUGAAAACGGCCCUGAUCGAGACCCAAGAUCUGCCCAAGCUUCGUCAAUGGAGUCUACCGGAAGACAAAUACUCGAAUCGUGCCAGCAGCCUGACGUCCUCGUCCGUCUCGUUUCUCGAGACGACGGGCGCAUGGGGACAUGUCGACCAGUCUCGCGUUCAAGCUUACGAUGAGAUGCAAGUCUGGGACGCUGCGAACGACGCAACUCUGCAAUUCGACUGGACGGCCGAGACCAGCAAAUACAACGCACCUCCGAGCACCGUGGCGACGAUGACCGAGAACGCCAAUCUGACGAGAGGUCUCCUCGAGCGGAUCGCCCAGCUCGACGCAGAAUCGUCGCUGUUCUCCAACACCAGCGUCUCGUCCAUCACGAACGGCGAAGACGACCCCAACGGGCUCAACCUGUCCACCUGGCCGGUUCUUGCCCUCGAAUCAAAGACGCCUUCCCCAUCCUCGCCUUCGUCACAACAUCCAUCUACCAUAGCAGCCCGCCUCCUUGUCGGCGCCGACGGCUUCAACUCGCCCGUGCGCACCUUCGCGGGCAUCGCAUCCCGCGGCUGGGACUACAACCGGCACGGCGUAGUCGCUACACUCACGGUGCAACCGGCCGACGACAGCCUCAACGCUGACGACUUUGACCUCUUCUCCGAGGAACCUCUCGGCAACCGCGCAACCGCAUACCAACGCUUCCUUCCCGAGCUCGGCGGACCGAUCGCCAUCCUGCCUCUCCCAAACAACCACGCAUCGUUGGUGUGGUCCACGACGCCCGCCAACGCCGCAUACUUGAAGUCCCUGCCACCUGCGGCGCAGCUGGCGAUGAUCAACGCCGCGCUGAGGCUGUCGCAGACGGACAUCAAGUACAUGUUCAGCCUGCCAUGCGUCGAGGAUGCGGCGGCACAACACGAAGACGAACUCCGCUGGCGACUCCAACACACGCAACCUCCGCCGACCGCGCGCGCCCCGCCGAUCAUCACCGGCGUGCAGGAGAAGACGCUCGCGUCGUUCCCGCUGCGUCUGCGCCACGCGACGUCCCUCACCGGGCCGAGGGUCGCCUUGAUCGGCGACGCCGCACACACCAUCCACCCGCUCGCGGGGCAGGGGUUGAACCUCGGCCUCGGCGACGCCGCCGCACUCGCCGACGCGGUCGCCUACGCCGUCGAGCACGGCAUGGACAUUGGCGACGCCUUCGCCCUGGAGCGCUACAACGCGGCUCGAUUCGGCAAGGGCCUCGUCAUGGCCGGCGGCGUCGACGCCCUCAACUGGCUCUACCAGAUGGGCAGUGCCGGAGACGGCAGCAUGUUGAGCAGGCUGGUCGGUACCGCGCGGGGCCUGGGCAUGAAGGUCGUGGACUCGGGCGUCGUGCCCGGACUCAAGAGUUUGAUCAUGAAGCAGGCUACCUAA